GACGCGUGUGUCUCAAUUGCAUUUAAUCAAACACGAGGAAGAGGGGGACGCAGAUUCCAAUCUCGGAUUUCGAAUGCUGCUGCUGCUACUGCUGUUCCCAAAGACGCACUUAUUACAUAUACCCAGUCUUUUGUCCGAUACUCAUUUUUUUUUCCUUUAAAUUUGUUUUGUUUUCUCUUCUUCGCUGCUUUUGCCAUUUGUUUUUUUUUGUUGUUGUUGUUGUUUUGUUUUGCAUAAUCGUUAGCGCGCCUGAUGAACUCUAGCGGAAUGCGGAGAAUUUUUGCAGCGGAUCGCAUUGACCUUAUGCACGUUCUUCAGUUUCCAGGUUUGGAGGCGCCGUUGGAGAUGCUCGACGUCGAUGCACGAAGAGCGGUGCUUCCGACGGACGUCGAUCUGGAUCAUCCGUCUAGAGAUCUCCUCCGUAGGCUGCUGGAAAUGGAGCCGACGAAGAGGCUGCGCUCGUUGCGCACCCUACACACCAUAGCCUUCUACAAAGAUUUCAGCUUCGAGGACGUCAGAAACAGGAAGGUGAUAAGUCCGAACGAGCUGAUGAGGAGAUUCUAUCCGCACGGUUUCCAGCGUUCCUCUUCCACGAUUCAGGUGGACGGUUUCGAUGCGGACAUGAUCGAGACAUGAUUUUAAUUAUAAUCGAUAUAUCAUUUAGUAUUAAUUAUUUAGUUGUAGUAAAUUGAAGAUUAUUUUUAGAAUCGAUUAGCGUUUUCAUUAUUCCAUCCGCAAUCUUUUGUAAUUCGUUAUCAGCGUCUUCGGGCGUCGCUCGUGUGCGCGCUCCUUCCUAAAUUGGAAACGUCGUGGCAUUGAAAACAACCUCCACUCUGCUGAUGCUUUAAUUUGACGAUAAUUCCGUUUUUUUUUAUUAUGUAAUUACGCUCUGAGCGCGAACAUUAUUAACUAAUUAUUUAGUUACACUCUCAAAAUAUCCGUAGACGUAGCAUAUCUGUUGACUCGUUUUUCUUACGUUCAUUUUAUUGAAGG